AUGUCACGACUGACCGUUCGAAACUUCGCGGCCAGAGUCCGUGAACUGCCAUCCUCUGUCGAGGAACCGGAGCAGGACAAGAGAGCUCCAUACCUCGACAUUGGCAGCCGUUGGGAGCCAUGCCAUCACUUCUACAAGGCAGGGCUCCCGUACAAGAUCUGGACUGGGCAAGAUGUGUUCCAUUUUCACGGCUUGUACAAGUAUCUUGAUUGCUUCCCUGAUCCCUAUGGCUUCCAGAGCUCGGAUAUCGCCAUCUUGGUGAAUGAUCUGGAGGAAGCAGCAGCCAUCUUGGAAGGGUCCGGAUACUUCCGUACGCCCAAGACGAGUGGGGAGCUGGAAAAGAUGGGCUAUUCUAUUGGCGAUCAGAGCAACCGGAAGUUCCUUCGCCUGCUCAAUGUCAGUGCCAUGGUGCGAUAUCACAGCCAGUGGGACUCCUUUGAGGAGGUCACUAAUAAGGUUGUCUAUGCCGCUGGUCUUGCGGAGAAUCCUCAUUGGGGGCCACCUCAGGUAGCCGGGAAUGGUGUUUUGUUGAUGCUGGCCAGCGACUGGAAUUAUACGUUUAACGCCAAAUCUGCAUCGCCUUAUUAUCAUGACCCGAUCCCUGACCUGUCGGAGUACUUUGACUCUCAUGUCAGCAUGUGGAUGGAUGCGCCGAUCUCAUCUCCGACCAACUCGAUUCGUCCCCCAUCCGAUUCUGCGAGAUUACCUCAUUAUGCCAGCAUCUUGAAAGAGCUGAUCUGUGAGGCUGACGAUGCAUGGACAGUCGAAUUCGAGAAUGAUAUCAAGAGCAAGCAUCGUCAGAUAUUAUAUGAUCUUUUGGAGAUGUGCUACCAGUGGAUGAUGAAGGGAGAGGUCUGCAUGUUCACCCGUCUGACGACCGAUGCCGAUUUCCAAGAAUACAGCAGAAGUGUUCGCGACCAGAUCAAGGCCGGUAGCCAUGCUCCCGUCUUUAUGGCCGAUUUCAACCGGUGCCGGAUGAAGGGUGUGAUCACCAUGCCUCUUCCUAGAGGUCAGGCCAACACUUACGACGAAAAGCAGUGCAAGAAAGAUCUGCCAAGAUUGUCGUGGUUGUUUAGAGCGCCCCGGGGAGAUGGAUGGUUCCUGCUCUCCCUCAAUGUGGCUCGCAUUCUGGAGAAUAAGGGACGGGAUAAGCAGGAGAAGCAGAAGAAGAGGAGCGGGUCUGACCGCUUCCCAUCGAGGCAGCGGCAGCCAAAGAGAACGGAGGAUCAGAUCAAGACGUUGGAGUAUUACCUCCAGGAUAUUUUGGCUGACACUGAAAACUGGGCUUUCCAGAAGCAGGCGUUUUGA